GUUUCGCCAUCUAGUUUAUAUAAGUGAAAACUGUAACAUAACCUCUAUGUACGAAUGAAAUGUUAAACUUUGUUUAUAUGCAUUUAUAUAAGUUUAAUAUAAAUAAAUUAUUGCUAUUGCAAUAAAUUUUUUCUACGAAACAAAAAUGUCUACUCGUUGGUAUCCUUUAUAUCAAAAAGGUAACCCACAACUUAGAAUAUUUCUUCCAAAUUUUUGGAUGAAACUUGUAAAACCACAACAUAACCAACCAAAAAAUGUAGUAGAAUUUCACGUUUCAAUGGAAAUGACAAGAAUGGAUAUAAAAAAUUAUUUAGAAAAAAUUUAUGACGUUCAUCCUGUGUAUGUGAAUACUAGAAUUGCUCUUGGAAAAACAUAUAUGCCAGAAAAAUUUGUUGUUAAAGAAGAUGAUAUAAAAAUAGCUUACGUAGUUCUACCCAAAGAUCAAUCGUUUAAAUUUCCUGAUAUAGUUCCUAAAGAUUCAGAAGACAAAUAUAAAGAACAAGUAAAACAAACAGAAGAAAACUUUCGUAAGUUUACAAAAAACAAUAAAUGCCCUGGCAUUCCCAGUUGGUUUCAAUAAAAAAA